CUCACACCAGCCCACAGCUCCUCUCCUUCUCCUUCUCUCCUCUUGGUCUGCAGAACCGGAGGAGCGUUUGGAUCUAGCAGGCGGUUCGGUCGGAGGUGUGGGACCUGCGCAGAUAACUGGUGCAGAAAUGACACCUGCUAAAGGGAGACGUCAGUCUGUCCAACCUGCAACGAUGAGGAUUUAAUCAAGCGUUUCCACCUCUCCUCCCAGGGGCAGCCAUUCUCUGAUCACAGGCCUGGCAUCUUUCAUCCAUUCAUCCCUCUUUCAUUCAGUCAUAUUUUUGCCCCGUCAUGAAAGGCCUGUCCAGUAGUCGGAGUCACCAUCACGUGGUCUCCUAUGAGCCAUCGUACGAUCCACUGGGUCACCAUGUUGACCGUAAGCCAUAUUUGUUCAGCCAGAUGGAUAUGCCUUUGCCAAUUCCCAUGCCACAUCCAUCUGAGUUGCCCUAUUACAAUGCUCAACGCGUCUCCUACCCCUCUGAAAGCAACAGCAUUGUCCCAUAUGGAACCUUCCCCAGGAGGUGCCACUCCACCUCCUCAGCUCACCAUCCUGAGGUAAAGGAUGAGUGUAUGGCCAUGGUGCCGUACGCAGGGGGGGGAGGUAGAGGAGGAGGAGGGGGAGGAGGCUACGGAGCUAAAUCCCAGUCUUGGGUGCCAGUAAAUUUUGCGGACCCCUAUGAGCAACAGCCAAUAUUUUCCAGAGAUGGCUACCACACACUGCAGUACAAACGAGGAGUGUUGUCCCACAGCGGGGGGAUGGGAGCCAAUGACGGCAACAAUGACAGUCCUGGACGAAUUCGCCACCUGGUCCACUCGGUCCAGAAACUCUUUACCAAGUCGCAUUCAUUGGAGGGGCCACAGCACACGCAGUCAUCCAAAGGGCCCAAUAACGGGAGCGUUUAUGGUGGUGGCGGUGGUGGAGGAGGUAGCGGUGGUGGUGGUUCAAGGGCUAGCCCAGAGGGUGCGGCUCCCCCAGGGGGGACGCGCCACCGGAAGCGCAGCAAGAGCCGGGAGCGCUGUCGAUCAGCAGAGCCUAAGCAUCGGAGCUACCACCACCACCACCACCCGCAGCUUCAUGGCUCAGCAUCUGCUCCAGGCUCCGGAUACUGGAGCUCAGAUGACAACCUGGAACGGGAGCUGUGUCUUUACCACCCUCAUCACCACCAACCUCCACCUUCACCCUCCCUCUCCGUUUCCCCCUCCCCCGUUGCCAUGACAAUGGGACAGUGCCAUGGCAACAACCCCGAUAAGUACCCGCAGACCCCCCUGCCAAACUUCUCCUCCUCACAGUCCCAGCAGUACUUUCUGAUGGACCCCUACGGGACAGUUAGCGAGCACGCCCACACUCACGCACGCCACGGCCGCACCCACCACCACUCUGCACUCAAAACCUCUUGGAGCAACAGCGAUGUGAAGUAUUCAGCUUCCUCUGCAUGUGUGCCAGGUAGUGGUAACAGCAAUAAGAGCGAUGGCUGUGUCGGUGGAGGAAGCGGCCCCUUGCUGCCGCUGGGUCUUGUGGACGGGCCUAUUGAGAAGAAAGGGGCAUGGUCGUCAAGCCUAACGGUGAGCAGGGCCCGAGAGGUCUACACCAACAACAGCAGCCACAAGCAGCUACGAGCCAGCGCAGGACCCGGUAACCUAAACCUAGAUAGAGCUCUAGUCAAAUCUAAGGCCAGUCAGCAGCAGGACCCUUCUUGCCAGUUCUUACAGGUACCUCAGGAUGAAUGGAGUGGCUUCUCUCCUCUGGGGAAAGAGGAGGACAUCCCCUGUCGUAGAAUGAGGAGCGGCAGCUAUGUGAAAGCCAUGGCUGACGACGACAGCGGAGACUCUGAUGGAAGUCCCAAACCUUCGCCCAAGAUGCAGGCACGUCGGGCCAGCUACCUUAAAGCCACACAGCCAUCGCUGACAGAGAUGACCACUCUACAGAUCUCCACAGAACACUCCCCCAAGCUGCAGAUCAGGAGUCACAGUUACCUGCGGGCUGUGAGUGAGGUUUCAAUCAACAGGAGCGUGGACACUCUGGACCCUAAAACCCUCCUGGACCCCAAAUCCCUGCUGUCCUCCCCUCAGUAUCGCUCACGCAAUGAAAGCUACAUGAGAGCCAUGAGCACCAUCAGUCAGCUGAGUGAGGUGGAGGUGAACGGGCAGAUCGAGCAGGUAUGCGAGCAGGUCUACAGUGAGCUGCAGUCUCAGGCCAUGGAUGCAGGGAUGGACAGUCUGGAGACCAUGGACACCCUGCCUAUGCCUGGAUGCUUCCGCAUGCGUAGCCCCAGCUAUGUAAGGGCCAUCGACCAGGGAUGUACCUCUGAGGACGAAGGACCAGGAGGAAGACCACUGCUGCUGCUUCCAUCCUCACCCCCCCGCACCACCGCCACCACUGUCAGGACCAUCCAGAGCAGCACAGUUUCAUCUUGCAUCACUACCUAUAAGAAAACCCCCCCACCAGUGCCGCCGCGGACCUCCACCUGCUCCACGGCCUCCAAGCCAUACAUCUCUAUUACAGCCCAAAGCAGCACAGAGUCUGCACAGGAUGCCUACAUGGAGGAGGAAGGGUCCAGAGGUGACAUGACGAUCCAGUCGGGCCUCAGCAACUCAACAGAGAGCAUCGACAGCAUGAAGGCCUUAACAGCUGCCAUAGAAGCCGCCAACGCUCAGGUCCACGGACCCGCCAGUCAACAUGUCAGCAACAGCACCAUGACGGUCAGCACUGCCAGCUCCUCCCACCUGAGUAGAGGAACGGCUGUCGAAGAACAUGGGGACGAAUGCAGGAAGGAAGCCCUCAGGAAGGGGAAGUGUCUCUCCAUCGGCAUCCAGGUGGACGGACCUGAAGAGGUUCCAGACCCAGAAGAUCCAUCCAAGUUCACCUCAGUAGGGGUGCAGGUGGAGGACGACCGAGGAUAUCGGAGGCUGCAGCGCUCCAACAGUGUGACGGCAGCCGUACAGGCAGAUCUAGACUUACCAGACCUUCUGGACACUCCUCUGGACUCUCCACAUCCUCACCGAGGACGCCUGUCAUCCUGCGGCCUCUCUCGGAAAUAUUCCCGCGAUGCGGCCACCUCCACCGUCAGCAUUCAGGGCUCAGGGAACCAUUACCAUGCCUGCACCUCAGAUGAUUACGAAGAUGUUGGUUUUGACCCCUCCAUCCUCCCCCCACCAGACCCCUGGAUAGACACCGUUACCGACGACCCCCCGGAUGCCAACUUUAACAGCUCUGCCAUCCUGGAGGUGGUGCAACGGUCAGUCUGUCAGAGAGACGGACGCUGGUUCCUGAAGCUUCUGCAGGCAGAGACCGACCGCAUGGAGGGAUGGUGCCGACAAAUGGAGCUGGACCAGCGGGAGAACGACCUGCCUGAAGACAUUCUGGAAAAGAUAAGAACGGCGGUAGGAAGCGCCCAGCUGCUGAUCUCCCAGAAGUUCCAGCAGUUCAAGGAACUUUGUGAAGAGAACCUGAACCCCAGCAUCCAUCCCCGCCCAGUGGCCUCAGACCUGGCGGGCUUCUGGGAUAUGCUCCAGCUCUCCAUUGAGAACAUAAGCCUGAAGUUUGAUGAGCUUCACCAGCUGAGGGCCAACAACUGGAGGCCGCUGGACCUGCCUAACAGAAAGGAGAGGCGACUUCCACCUCCUGUGCCAAAAAAGCCACAUAAAGUGGCCCCCCACCACCACCCGCCGCUGGCCAGAGACCGCUCGCUGGAGAGCUCUGAGAAGCAGCGGCAGGAGGCCAGAAAGCGCCUGAUGGCUGCCAAGAGAGCAGCCUCUGUGCGGCAGAACUCAGCCACAGAGAGCGCCGACAGCAUCGAGAUUUACAUCCCUGAGGCACAGACCCGGUUAUGAGGACGCUAGCUUGGACAUGACCUCGCAGAUACACCCGCCAUCCUCCAAACCAAACACGCAGGACUUUUUUCCCCCAGAGGUAGAAACUAAUGUGAAUAUUUCAGGUCUGUGUUUUUUUCAUUUUAACGUCCUCCGUUUUUACCUCUUCAGUCAUUUUUUGAUGAAGUAGCAACAGAAGUUCUACAGGUCCGGUUUUAACGAAGAGUUCCUCUUCCCUGCGACGGUUUUUAUAGCAUCUAGAGGAAGUAAAGGAGAAUAAGCAGCUCUGGAUAUAAGCUGCACCAGGUUCAUUUACAUUUCCAACAGCCAAUAUAGGAAGAUCUGAGGUGGAAGUUGCUUCAGUCCUUCCUGGUAGGACAGGAUGUUCCUAAGAACCGCAGAUGAAGCACAGCUUCCUGCAGCUCAUGCUGUACAUCAGCAGAUCUUUGGGGGGACGCUCCAAAUGCCACCUAAUACUAUUCAUGAGUGAAGGUAGCGGGCAUAGUUUAGCUUCCUGGGGGUCAAAGCCCUUUGCUUCUCAUAAAUGCAGCACAUGAUGGAGGGGGCUCGUACUCUUCUCUGGUUUUUAGAUGAGCUGGAAACAUAUCUUCUUAACCACGACCUGGUGUUGCUGGUCCAAAAGACGCACUCAGAGGAGCAAACCCCAAAGACCAGGUGAUCAUUGGCUGGAGCAGGACGUAAAGACGGACCUCUGAAGUCGAUAACAGUCUCUCUCUGGUCUCUGCCAGUUGAAGCGAUGAAGACACCCUGUGACGCCACAGGCAGUGAAAUGACACGGAGCAAAGCAGGCAGUGUAGCCGACUGAGGGUGUGAAUGAAGGCAGGUUGCAGCGCAAUAAACAGCCAUGACCUCAGCAUGAGAAAUACGCUGACAGGAUGUGGAGGAGAACCAACACCUUUCUAGGUCAGUGGAAUUCUGGGAUUUACUGUUUAAGCCCCUCGCUUGCAAACGU